AUGUCAUUAACGGAUCGGGUCAACUUUAGGACACGAGUCCUAACCCGCCAUCUCAAUAACCACCAAAACCCCACCACCGAACUCCUACAAACUGCCGUAUGUGUCUGCUACUCUCCACCGGAACUGUCUGAACCGCCGUUUAGUUUCGAUACCAAGUCCCUCCGUAAACUCCUACAUGGCCAGAACAUUGCUGAAAUCGACAAUGUGUUCAAUCCGAUGAUGCGGAGCAACCUGUUUUGCCCAAGAGAAAGAGGAGGCAAACAUGCUACACACACAGUAGCCUUCUCACAGCUUGAAAUUAAUGGUGUGAAUCAUGGAGUGCAUGCUUUUAUAGCUCAAAUCAGGGACUCGGAUGGAAAUAUAUGUCCAAAUGUUCGUAUUGCAGAUUGUGGCCAUAAAAUUGGUUUGAAUGGUGUUGACAGCGGUCGAAUCUGGUUCGACAAUCUACGCAUACCAAGAGAAAACUUGUUGAAUUCGGUUGCUGACGUGUCACCUGAUGGGCAAUAUUUAAGUGCAAUAAAAGAUCCAGAUCAGCGAUUUGGAGCCUUUAUGGCCCCAUUAACAACUAGCCGGAUACCUAUUGCCGUUGUUGCAAUGAACGCCACAAAGGUGCUACAAACUACACACUACCAAACCUAG